AUGGUGAAAUGGGCAGAAUUGCCGAACGAUCUCAAUGCUAUGAUUGCAAAUCGUGUUAAAGUGUUGGAAGAUUUCAUUGCUUUUGGCGCUGUUUGUACUUCAUGGCGAACUGCUGCCACAAAGGAUAAUUUUGACGCACUUAAUUCUCCCCAAGUUCCAUUGCUAAUGCUGCCUGAUAAAGGUGAUGAUUAUCGAGAAUUUUACUCUCUUUCCAAGAAAAAAGUUUCACGCGUAUUCCUCCCGGAAGCUAGAGGGCUGCUAGAGAUUUUUCCAACGAAAGGGUGGUUGUGUACCCUGUCGCGCACGGGAGAGAUGAACUUGUUGCAUCCUUUCUCUCGCACUAGUAUACAACUUCCCUCGUUACAUGACUUAUUGACUUCACAUGGCGACUAUAAUAUUAAAGGAAUAGGGAAGCACUACAUCAGCCAAGUUAUCUUAUCUGCCAGUCCUUCUGAUACUUCAGAUUAUGCAUUGGUGGUGGUUCGUUACUAUUUGGGUGUGGUGUCCUUUUGGCGACCUGGAGAUCUCAAUUGGACUAAAAUUAACUUCAGGAACGAAAGUCUGUGCAAUGUGGUUUAUUUUAAGGGACAAUUUUAUGUACUCACUCGUGGUCUCAAAGUCUGGGUGUUUGAUAUUGCCGAACCAAUUGUUGAGCCACGCUUACUUGUUCAUCAGCUUAACCGUUCAAACUAUAGCCCAGCAAUGUUUUACCUAGUCGAGAUAUCUGGUGCACUACUCGUUGUGACGCAAUCUCUUUAUUAUCAGAAUGUCCCUGAUGGUCCUGGGUAUGGUGACCGUACCAUCGAAUUUAAUAUAUAUGAGCUUGAUGAAACCAAAGGAAAAUUCAAUGAGAUUAACACUUUGGGAGAUUCAUCAAUUUUCUGGGGCCGCGAUGAAGCAAUUUGUAUUGACUCUUCCAGAUUUAUGGCAGGAGUCAAGCCUAAUUAUAUAUAUUUUACACGUGUGAUUGGGUCGCGUGGAUACUAUGGAGGUUGUGGUCAUGCAAGAGACAUGGGGGCUUACAACAUCAAAAAUGGAUGCGAUGAUCAUCGAGAAUUUUACUCUUUUUCCAAUGGAAAAGUUAAAAGCGUAUUCUUCCAGGAAGUUAGACGACGGCUUUUAUCAUCGAAAGGGUGGCUGAUCAGCCCCACACCAGAGGCGGCGAAGUUGUUGCAUCCUUUCUCUGGCACAAGCAUACAACUUGCUCUUUACAUGAUCUUGAAGAACUGGACUACCAUCAGCAGCAACAAGGAAUUUGAUACGAUGGUUUGCUGUAAGGGAAAAUAUUAUGCAGUUGAUAAUGCUUUCGAUGUCUGGGCGUUUGAUCUAUUGGCGAACCAAUUGUAG